AUGGUACAGCCGUCAGCAUCAGCGGCGGAGCGAGCGAGCAGCUGAAGCCCAGCCUCUCUCUCUCUCUCUCUCUCUCUCUCUCUCUAGCUCUGUUUCUAUCCCCCUCUCUCUGUCUCUCUGUCUUUCGUUUUCUGUUUUUAUCCGUCGUCUCUUUUGUUUUGCGCCCAUAAUUCCCUCCGUCAUUUUGGCUUUAGCGACUUUACUCCUCCUCCUCCUCCUGCUCCUCCACGCCUCCCACCUCGCCUCACCGUCAUGGUCUCUCCGCGGAGCCCGUCGGGAUGUUGUGAAUGACCGGGACCUGCGCAUCGUGAGGCCGGCGCGGAAUGGUAUUUAUGAACAGACAUUUCUUAUACAACUGCAGUGCACCAAUCCUGGAUGUGAAGAUAGCCUUUUGUCAGGUGUGUGUUCCAUACAGGGAUUCGGUAAACAAGUUGAUGUGUCUUACAUUGCCAAGCAUUACAACAUGAGCAAGAGCAAAGUGGACAACCAGUUCUACAGUGUGGAAGUCGGAGACUCCACCUUCACCGUUCUCAAACGGUACCAGAACCUCAAGCCCAUCGGUUCUGGGGCUCAGGGAAUAGUGUGUGCGGGAUAUGAUGCCGUCCUGGACAGAAAUGUGGCGAUCAAGAAGCUCAGCAGACCCUUCCAGAACCAGACCCACGCCAAGCGAGCUUACAGAGAGCUGGUGCUAAUGAAGUGUGUCAAUCACAAAAACAUCAUCAGCUUAUUAAACGUCUUCACACCACAGAAAUCUUUAGAGGAGUUUCAAGAUGUAUACUUGGUGAUGGAGCUGAUGGAUGCUAACCUGUGCCAGGUGAUUCAGAUGGAGCUGGACCAUGAGAGGAUGUCUUACCUGCUGUACCAGAUGCUGUGUGGCAUCAAACACUUACACUCCGCUGGCAUUAUUCACAGGGAUUUGAAACCUAGCAAUAUCGUGGUGAAGUCAGACUGUACACUGAAGAUUCUAGACUUUGGGCUUGCAAGGACCGCGGGCACCAGCUUCAUGAUGACGCCCUACGUGGUGACUCGGUACUACAGGGCCCCUGAGGUGAUCCUGGGAAUGGGAUACAAGGAGAACGUGGAUAUUUGGUCAGUCGGGUGCAUUAUGGGAGAAAUGGUGCGCCACAAAAUCCUGUUCCCUGGCCGGGACUAUAUUGACCAGUGGAAUAAGGUGAUUGAACAGCUCGGCACUCCUUCCCCCGAGUUCAUGAAGAAGCUUCAGCCCACGGUGAGGAACUACGUGGAGAACCGGCCCAAAUACGCCGGCCUCACCUUCCCCAAGCUGUUCCCAGACUGCCUGUUCCCUGCUGACUCCGAGCACAACAAACUCAAAGCCAGCCAGGCCAGAGACCUGCUGUCCAAGAUGUUAAUUAUUGACCCGGCUAAGAGGAUAUCAGUGGACGAAGCCCUGCAGCACCCCUACAUCAACGUGUGGUACGACCCGUCUGAGGUGGAGGCGCCUCCCCCUCAGAUCUAUGAUAAGCAGCUGGAUGAAAGAGAACACUCCAUUGAUGAAUGGAAAGAACUGAUCUAUAAGGAAGUGAUGAAUUUUGAGGAGAGAACAAAGAACGGCGUGGUGAAGGGACAGCCUUCUCCCUCAGGUGCAGCCGUGAACAGCAGUGAGAGCCUCCCCCCGUCCUCCUCCGUCAACGACAUCUCCUCCAUGUCCACCGACCAGACCCUGGCCUCCGACACAGACAGCAGCCUGGAGACCUCCGCCGGACCCCUGGGCUGCUGCAGGUGACUAGCCGCCUGCCUGCGCAACCCCAUGUUCUUCAGACGCUGACGGGACAUCCCGAGUGAGCGCACCGCUACACCACUCCGCCAGAAAAAUUCUGCGAGAAAAAAUGUUAAAUGCUGAAUAUUGUAAUGUGUAAAAAAAAGAAUACAAUAAAUAAUCAUAAUGAGAUGCAUCACAAAUUCUAAAAUAAAAUUUCAUGUUACAUAAUAUGAAUAAUUAUAAUAAUUAUGGAUAACCAAAAAAAAGCCUGCAUUGUCAUUCAAAAAAGAGAAGUAAAAUUAUAAGAUAAAAUAAAAAACAGCUCCAGGUACACUCUGAUGUGUAUAUUUAUGAAACCCUCACUAGUUGCUUUGCUUUGUACUCCCUUUCUAUGGCUUCUGAAAAUGAAAAAAAUAAAAGACCUCUGUGAAGUGUAAUGAUAAUAUUAACAAUAGUAAUAAUAAUGAUUACAAUGAUAAUGUUAACUGGAUGUUCCCCAGUUCCUUGCAAGCUUCUCUUUCAGUGCUCUUUUAGUGCAUGUGGCAAGGUGGGCCUCUUUGUUUAUGACUACUCAAUUAUACUGAUAUACUGUACAUUGCACCCCCCCUGCCCCCCUCCCUCAUAACCCCCCCACCACCCACCCCUGUCCUGUCCUGAUUGAUAUGUGAUGGUUUUGCUUGUGCUGGACCCCUCAAAAAACAGGGGUUUCCACCAACAAAUGAUUGUGUUUGUAUGCUGGACUCCUCAUAGGGGGCCUAAUGUAAAACAGCGCCCCCUAUGUAUAAUAUAUAUUUAUUGUAUAUAUGUAAUUCUGUACAGCUGUGAGGCAUUCUCGAGUGGGACUGAAGGCCAGUAUUGGGAGUUUUCUUGCGCACCUUGCCACAUCACCGCUUUGACCUUAGUUGCCCUUGCCUGUAGUCUUGCAUGAGCAGAAAAAAAUACGCAAGUGACUGAGCUAAUAAUUAUAACCUAAUCCAGUAUAGAAGACCUUCUGUUUGUAUACACUGUAAUAAACAAGUUUACUGGACGCUGCGAGACGAAUGUCAGGGGUUUCUGCUGGUCAUAUAUAUAUAUAUAUAUAUAUAUAUAUAUAUAUAUAUAUAUGUGUAUGUAUGAAGUCGUAUAUGUUUCUAUAGGAAGCCAUUGUUGGGGGGGAGGGUAAGCACUGUCAAUCCACAAACUGCACUACUUCAUCCAUUCCUCAUUGGUUUAACCUUCCAUUGACCUGGCAUUGUGUUUAUGUACUGAUUUAUUUCACAUUUUAAAGAAUUAUUCCAGUGAUUUUUAACCUAAACCAUGUUUAUUUUGUUUUAUUGGAUCUAUAGUGUUCCAUCAGUUACCAAUUUACCAAUUUAGCUGAGUUAUGGGACUCCCCCUAUCACGACACUGGAAGGGUAAACACAGGACAAGUGCAUGCCUCCUCUAAUAAAACUGAAGUCAGACUCCGCCUCUUUUUCAUCACUACCCCACUGCCAAUGUUCUUAGAUGAAUGAAUCCGACCCCCAGCACAUAUUAAAUGUGUAUUUACUAACUACCUUAAAAAAUAAAUGGAAAUGAAAUCACAUAUGGACAACUAUAAUUAUGGAAAUUAAGCCAGUUUCUUUACAUGCUCUCUCGUUCAAGAUCCAGAAAGAAAAAACAAAACUGCUUCCUUUUAAAAAAACAAACACUUUCACUAUAUUUAAACACGUAGUGACAUCUAGUGUCAGUUUUAAGUCUCUGUAUUCACCAUUGAGUUUAAUGCAUUUUCUGUUCUUUGCUAAGUCCAGUUAUCCCAGUGUGAGUCUGAGGUAUCUGCAUGCAGAUGCAGCAUGAAGUGUAUAUAGAGCAGGUUAAAAUCACUGGAAUGUUUCUUGGAGUUUUAGGACACUCUAUAAGCUGGUCACUGAGAGCCGGCUGAGGGCACUGUGAGCAUGUGAGUGCAGAGAUCGGAAAACAGCCAUUGUCUUGCCUUAGCGGCUGCCUUGCAUGCCAUGCCCUCUGACCCCUCCUCUGAUCUGUCAUCUAUGUCACCUCUGACCUUGUCGUCAUGCUGGUCUGUAUGUUUAGGAAAAGUGUGUGGAAGAGUGCAAUUUUUAAAAAGUGUGUGUUGGUGUGGUGACUGCGGUGGUUCUCAUACCUGGUUUGUGCCAUGAUAAUCACUGAUGAGGUAAAAUUGUUCUACAUAGACGGGUUAUUGUACAGUCCAAAUUUUGAGCUGCACUAUACUGGAAAACAUGACAUUCUUUACCUUAUUUCAUAACUUUUCAAUAAAAGAAAAUACAUUAUUAUUUACGAGACAUAAAUGAUCCAACAUGUCAUGCAAUUUAUAAUGCAUGCUGUGUGUAAAAGAAUAAAGUUAAAUUAAUUAUAUUUAGGCUGCAAAUUGUAUGUAAUAUUUUUAAACAGAAAUGGCACAUACUGUAAUAUGAUUAUUGUACAUGCACACAAUUAAAAUGGUGAAACAAUAUAUUGUGCUAUGUGUUGGGCACGAAAUGCUUUGGGCCCAAUGAACAUUUUUUUGUCCUAUUAACAUCUGGCGUUCACCACUUAGUAUCUUUUGCUCACCACAUAGUAUCUAGUGACCGCCACUUAGUAUCUGGUGCUCACCACAUUGUAUCUGGUCCUAGCCACUUAGUAUGUGGCGAGCACCACUUAGUCAGGGUGGGCUCUACUAGAGGGACCACCGUAGUCACCUAACUGGGUCACAAUUAUUAAUACCUCAUUUUUCAUCCUUAUAUUUCAUUUUUCUUUUUGUCUAAAGGGAAUCCAAACUUACUACCUACCUACCUAAAAAAGCUGAAGUCAGAGUGAGGUGAAGACGAGGUGACGCUCUGAGCGGGAAUUUAUUUAUUUAUUAUGCCUAUUUAUUUUUUGAGAUGGAACCUGUAUCGGGUAGUGCCUUUGAUAUAAUGCAGUUUCCUCUUCUUCUUUCAUCUUCUUUCAAAACAAUGACAAUAGCAGUAUGAUAACACUGAAGGUGGGUCGUGUUGAGCCGAGUUGGGGUGAGGUUGCCCAGGCGGCGGCUGGGUCGUUUCCUUCAUCACUACAGCUAUUCUCUAGUUCUGUAAACUUUAAAACGUUGGCGGUGCCUGGUGUGUCGGGUCUCUUCCCUCCCCAACCCCUUUGUCUUAGUAGCUACAUAGUCACAGAACCCAAACCUCACAAACCACCCCAACCCCUUAAACCCUCCAAACCUCCAAAACCUCCUAACCCCUAAACCCUCCAUACUCUCAACCCCCCCCCCCCCAAACUUUCCAAACCACCAAACCUUCCAUACUCUUAAAAACCUUCAAACUCCCUAACCCUCCAACCCCCAAACCCUCCAAACUCUCAAAACCUCCAAACUCCGAAACCCCCAAAACCCUCCAAACUUUCCAAACCACCAAAUGAUCCAAACUCCCAAACCCUCCAUAGUCCCAAAACCCUCCAAACUUUCCAAACCACCAAACCCUUCAAACUCCCAAACCCUCCAACCCCCAAACCCUCCAAACUCCCAAACCCUCUAAACUCCCAAACCCCCAAAACCCUCCAAACUUUCCAAACCACCAAACCCUUCAAACUCCCAAACCCUUCAACCCCCAAACCCUCCAAACUCCCAAACCCUCCAACCCCCAAACCCUCCAAACUCCCAAAACCCUCCAAACUUUCCAAACUCCCAAACCCUCCAAAUUCCUGAACCCCCAAAACCCUCCAAACUUUCCAAACCACCAAACCCUUCAAACUCCCAAACCCUCCAAACUCCCAAACCCUCCGACCCCCAAAACCCUCCAAACUCCCAAACCAUCAAACCCUCCAAACUUUCCAAACCCUCCAAACAUCCCAAAGCCCCAAACCCUCCCAAACCUCCAAUCCUCCAAAGCCUCCCAAACCAUCCACUCCCCCUCCUAAAAAAUUACCCCAAAAAAUAUACCCUCACACUUAAUGUAAUUGUUGCAUUUCUUAAUGAUGUAAUGUAAAUGAAACCUCAACCUUUAACCACACGACUGGUGUUUUUCAGUUCUAGACUAAUGAUAAGCCUCAUUCCGUAAAUGUUAUGAAGUACACAGUUAAAAACAGAAAACUGGAUCAUAUAAUAUUUAAGUUGUAUGGUUUUGUUUUGUAUCUGUACUUGUCUAAUUUGAUCUGUGUACUAAAUCAUUUUAAUAAAGGAAUGAAACUCA